GACUGAGGGAAUCCUGGCUGCUAGGGUAGACGUUUCGCCUGGUGGGGGGUGGUGCUUGGCCUGGGGGGCUUGUCGGGCCUGUCCCUCUACCAGCCAAUGGGCAGCUAGAGAUGUGCCGGCUAUUCUAGGAAGUUAGGGACAUGUGGAGGGGGUGGAGGGCAGCAGGCGGGUGACAGGGGGUGUGUGCGCUGUGAUAGAGAUACAGGAUGUAACACACGUACAGGCAAACAAGAUCAGACCUUUGGUCCAAUUCCACCCUUAGCCCGGGCUCCUUGUUGCCCUGCCCCUCCUCUGGUCUCCCUACCCCUUGCCCCUCCCCGGGCUGUGUAUUUGUGCACCCCUUCCUCUGUCACAGUCCGCAGAGUCCCUCUGACCGGCUCCUAGCUCUCUCCUGCCGUUAGCAUGCCUUCCUUCUACCUGCGAGCUGUGGGGUGAGUGCUGGGACUGGAAGGGGCAAUGUUGGGGUACAUGCUCUGGGGGGGAGUGUUGGACCUCAUGUUACUAGAGGGAUAAAUGUUGGGGUGCAUACUGCUAGGUUAUGCUUUGGGGUGCAGAUUGCUAGGGGUGAAUGUUGGGGUGUAUUCUGCUAGGAGUGACUUUCGGAGUGCAUGUUACAAGAAGGGUGAAUGUUAGGGUGCACGUUGCUAGAAGGGUGAUUUUUGGGUGCAUGUUGCUAAAAAAAGUGAGUGUUGGGGUGCUGUGAUUGUAUUAGGGUGCAAGCUGCGGGGAGAGUGAAUGUUUGGGGUGCUGUGGUUGUACUAGGGUGCAAGCUGCGGGGAGAGUGAAUAUUUGGGGUGCUGUGGUUGUAUUAGGGUGCAAGCUGCGGGGAGAGUGAAUGUUUGGGGUGCUGUGGUUGUACUAGGGUGCAAGCUGCGGGGAGGGUGAAUGUUGGGGUGCUGUGGUUGUAUUAGGGUGCAAGCUGUGGGGAGGGUGAAUAUUGGGGUGCUGUAGCUGUAUUAGGGUGCAAGCUGCGGGGAGGGUGAAUGUUGGGGUGCUGUGGUUGUAUUAGGGGGCAAGCUGUGGGGAGGGUGAAUGUUGGGGUGCUGUAGCUGUAUUAGAGUGCAAGCUGUGGGGAGGGUGAAUGUUGGGGUGCUGUGGUUGUAUUAGGGUGCAAGCUGCGGGGAUGGUGAAUGUUGGGGUGCUGUGAUUGUAUUAGCGUGCAAGCUACGGGGAUCGUGAAUGUUGGGGUGCUGUGGUUGUAUUAGGGUGCAAGCUGCGGGUGAAUGUUGGGGUGCUGUGGUUGUAUUAGGGUGCAAGCUGCGGGUGAAUGUUGGGGUCGUGUGGUUGUAUUAGGGUGCAAGCUGCGGGUGAAUGUUGGAGUGCUGUGGUUGUAUUCGGGUGCAAGCUGGGGGGAAGGUGAAUAAUGGUGUGCAUGCGGUCGCUUUCCAGCCUUUAAUGCAGGACUGAUAGAGUAAACCAUGUGCAUUGUGCCAGAGCUGAAGAGUAAGGGAAGCAUGUACUCUCAGUGUGACCUGAAUGGCACUAAGUUACUGUCUGAUUCACUGUGACCUCCACACUGAUGGAACACUCUGUGGAAAGUGUAGCAAUGCCGCUUGUGGGUGGACAAAAGGACAGACUGAUACAUGGCAAAUGGCUCGUAUAGCUGUAAUAUUAGUAGGAUUGCUGCUCUUACUAGGGUUGAGAGUUUAGGAUGGGGAAAGCAGAGCGGUGGCAGAGUUCCCUCCUGAUCAGCAGCUUUGCCACCCAAUGCCAGGGGCACCGAGGGAUAGUGAGCAGGGGUGCAUCAUUUUCUAAAACUGCACUUCCAAUGUAUUUAAAUUUUCAAGGUAUUUAGUGGCACUGUCAUGUUUUGUUUAUCUUUCCGUUUUUCUUUACUAAUGCCCCUAAUGAUUACAUCCCCUCUCCCAAUGAAACUUUGCUUAGAGGAAAACUAUGGGCACUCAGACCACAUCAUCUCAAUGAAGUGGCCCGUGUUGCCAUGCCCUCCCUUCCAAAACCCAAUUUUUUUAACCCUGUAGUUAUAAACAUUGUCAUUCUGCAGGACAACCACUAGAGGCGCUUUAUAGUGAAAUAAAACUCAGCUCUUCCUAUCAAAUGGAUAUACUGUGGAGACCAGAGCUGCACGGGAAAUUUAGUAUCUCAAUACAAGAUAUAAUCUUUAUGAAAUACUCAUAUUGACUGUGUUGGAAUUUCACUGAAAUUCAAACCCAGUCAAAAGUUAUACAGAGACAAAGUGGGACUACUUUGUCUCAGUAUAUGACACUGGGCAGAACCACAGCCAUCAAGAACUGUCAAUCACCCAGCCGUUGCCAGUGAUGGCUGCAGGGAAAUUAGCUUUGUCUAUGGAGGAUCCCAUCAGAUACUCUGUAGACCUCUCUGCUGUACUCUUGCGAAUGUGCGAGAUGACAGCACUGACAUCGGCUCCUGGUAGCUGAAGUGCCAGGAACUGAAGAGAACAGACGAAAGAGGAUGGUAGUCCACUGCGGGGGGCAGUUUCAGGUAAGUAGUACUCACCUUUGCGUGUCUUCCCCUUCCGGGCCACCGGACCCCUUGCAAAGUCCCCAGACGGUGACAAUGCCUCUUUGAUGCAGAUUGUGAGGCUCAGACAAUGUUGUCUAGGUAAUACAGUGAUAUCCUUGAGAUGUACAUUACUGGAUAGGUACAAGUAUAUUUAUAAUUCAUUGCCCAAUAUUCUUUUGGCUGCAGUAUGUCUGCACAAGGCUUUUGUAUUUUCUAUACACUAUAUUUAUUCAUCAGGACUGGAUAAAACAGAUAUAUAGACUUUUAAGGGGGAGGCAUGAAAGAGCAAGAAUGUAUUAUGGAUAUCUAUUUUUGACUCUGUUAUGUUUAAAUCCAUCCCACUGCAAAUAUGUAUCAUUGUCUACAUGAACAUAAUUCUUGCUACGUGCUGUAUAUCCAGUGUUCAGGUUAAAGGUCACAGAGGUGGGGUAGUGGUGGAGGUGUAAUUAGAAAGUUUAGCAAAACAAGAUGAACUGGUGCAAAUAAUGAGACAGCACUGUGACCUGCAUUAUAAUGUUACCAGGAGGAAACCUAGAGAUUUUGUUUCCACCUGACAAAUACUUCCUUGAAAAUAUAGGGUAGAUCCUGUACUAUGUUCCUUGUAACCUUUUUCAAAACAUGUUGAAAGUUCAGUUCUGAAAUUCACAAUAAUUGUAUUCUAUUUAAAAUUAGAUCUGUUUACAAGUUAGUUUAAUCUAAUGGAUUUUCUUUUUGAAAGCGAUUCAUGGCACAGUGUCUCUGUUACCUAUUGGUACUCCUCAAUUUAUCUUACAAUUCUCUAUAAGGGUUUUUCAUUAAACUCAGUAUGUUCUCAAACUAAAGCACCCCAAGCACUUGAACCACUACGCCCUGCAUCUUGAGUAACAUUUUAGAAUGGAGGUUCCCCCGGUGCCACUUGACUCCUCCACUAUAGCCUAAAGGAGAGUGGAAGCUGACACUCUCAGCUAAUGAGCUAGCCCUGCACUGUUGGGCUUGGCUCAGAGAAUUGAAAGCCCCUAAAGAGAUUACUUUUGCAUUAAAAAAGAACUGUCACUUCCUAUAAUUUUUAAUAUUAUAUAUAAUUGUGCCUUUGUUUUCAACAAAUAUGGAGUGAUAUAUUGUGAAAAUGAAAGUUAACCAUAAACACCUCUUUAUCCUACAACUGGGUACCUCUGUUCUUGCUCCCUUGUUAUGCCAACUGACUACCUCUGUCCUUGCUCCCUUGUUAUGCCAACUGGGUACCUCUGUCCUCGCUCCCUUGUUAUGCCAACUGGGUACCUCUGUUCUUGCUCCCUUGUUAUGCCAACUGGGUACCUCUGUCCUUUCUCCCUUGUUAUGCCAACUGGGUAUCUCUGUUCUUGCUCCCUUGUUAUGCCAACUGACUACCUCUGUCCUUUCUCCCUUGUUAUGCCAACUGGGUACCUCUGUCCUUGCUCCCUUGUUAUGUCCUAUGCGCCUGGCAGUCAGCAUAGAUAAAGCAUACAGAAUAAUACAAUGUUUCUAGUUCCCCUCAUUUGCAAUGCAUGCCCUGGUUGUGCCUUAACGGAGCUGGGUUGUGUUGUCAUUUAAUGAAUCUUUUAAAGGUAAUUUGAAGGAAAACAUUAACAAAGUUGUUGGUGAUUUAUUUCAAUGGUGUAAUUUGCAGAGAUGUGACAGUUAUAGACAAUUAGCAAGACACCCCCAAUAAAGGAGUGGUUCUGCAGGUGGUGACCACAGACCACUUCUCGGUUCCUAUCCUUCCUGGCUCAUGUUUUGGUCACUUUUGAAUGCUGGCGGUGCUUUCACUGUAGUGGUAGCAUGAGACGGAGUCUACAACCCACACAAGUGGCUCAGGUAGUGCAGCUCAUCCAGGAUGGCACAUCAAUGCGAACUGUGGCAAGGAGGUUUGCUGUGUCUGUCAGCGUAGUGUCCAGAGCAUGGAGGCGCUACCAGGAGACAGGCCAGUACAUCAGGAGACGUGGAGGAGGCCGUAGGAGGGCAACAACCCAGCAGCAGGACCGCUACCUCCACAUUUAUUCAAGGAGGAACAGGAGGAGCACUGCCAGAGCCCUGAAAAAUUACCUCCAGCAGGCCACAAAUGUGCAUGUGUCUGCUCAAACGUUCAGAAACAGACUCCAUGAGGGUGGUAUGAGGGCCCGACGUCCACAGGUGGGGGUUGUGCUUACAGCCCAACACCGUGCAGGACGUUUGGCAUUUGCCGGAGAACAUCAAGAUUGGCAAAUUCGCCACUGGCACCCUGUGCUCUUCACAGAUUAAAGCAGGUUCACACUGAGCACAUGUGACAGACGUGACAGAAUCUGGAGACGUUGUGGAGAACGUUCUGCUGCCUGCAACAUCCUCCAGCAUGACCAUUUGGCAGUGGGUCAGUAAUGGUGUGGGGUGGCAUUUCUUUGGGGUGCCGCACAGCCCUCCAUGUGCUCACCAGAGGUAGCCUGACUGCCAUUAGGUACCGAGAUGAGAUCCUCAGACCCCUUGUGAGACCAUAUGCUGGUGUGGCCCUGGGUUUCUCCUAAUGCAAGGCAAUGCUAGACCUCAUGUGGCUGGAGUGUGUCAGUGUGUCUGGUUCUAUUGCUUGAGUUGCAUUAUUAUUAUUAUUAAUUACAAUGGGCCUUAUAAUGUGCUCAUUGUUUGAAAUGUAUUCCAUUUGUUCAAUUUGAUUUCCAGAACACUUCAUAGAUUAUUAAACCCCUUAAGGACCAAACAUCUGGAAUAAAAGGGAAUCAUGACAUGUCACACAUGGCAUUUGUCCUUAAGGGGUUAAACAUAGAAACAUAGAAACAUAGAAACAUAGAAUGUGACGGCAGAUAAGAACCAUUCGGCCCAUCUAGUCUGCCCAAUUUUCUAAAUACUUUCAUUAGUCCCUAGCCUUAUCUUAUAGUUAGGAUAGCCUUAUGCCUAUCCCACGCAUGCUUAAACUCCUUUACUGUGUUAACCUCUACCACUUCAGCUGGAAGGCUAUUCCAUGCAUCCACUACCCUCUCAGUAAAGUAAUACUUCCUGAUAUUAUUUUUAAACCUUUGUCCCUCUAAUUUAAGACUAUGUCCUCUUGUUGUGGUAGUUUUUCUUCUUUUAAAUAUAGUCUCCUCCUUUACUGUGUUGAUUCCCUUUAUAUAUUUAAAUGUUUCUAUCAUAUCCCCCCUGUCUCGUCUUUCCUCCAAGCUAUACAUGUUAAGAUCCUUUAACCUUUCCUGGUAAGUUUUAUCCCGCAAUCCAUGAACCAGUUUAGUAGCCCUUCUCUGAACCCUCUCUAAGGUAUCAAUAUCCUUCUGAAGAUACGGUCUCCAGUACUGUGUACAAUACUCCAAGUGAGGUCUCACCAGUGUUCUGUACAAUGGCAUGAGCACUUCCCUCUUUCUACUGCUAAUACCUCUCCCUAUACAACCAAGCAUUCUGCUAGCAUUUCCUGCUGCUCUAUUACAUUGUCUGCCUACCUUUAAGUCAUCAGAAAUAAUCACCCCUAAAUCCCUUUCCUCAUUAGUUAGUUGCUAAGUAUUUCAGAUGGAUGAAAUAACCUAGUGAUUCUUUUCUACAAAACCAUUUACAGCUGCAUAAAUGCUGCCAAAUGGAUGUAGUAAAUAUAACUCUCCCACUGUAAGCUCAUAUGAGCAGUGUCAUUGUCACCUGUUAUUCCUGCUGUCUUAUUUUGUCAUUUUUCUUUGUAUGAAUCAUUUACAUAUUUAGCAGCACUGCAGAAUAUGUUUCUGCUUUAUAUAUGAGUGUCUGGACUGAGAACGUUAUAGAUCUCUGUAAAACGAUACAUGGAAGAACAAAGCUCUGAAAAGCUGGCCUGCAAUCUAGACCCAAGUUCCAUAAACAGCUUGUGUCAAUGACAUAUUGGUCCAGGAUAAAUCCUAAUUCCAUAAACGUAGCUUCAAAAUAAAAUGGGGGGAAGUGCGAUAUUGGAUCAACUUUUGGGGACUGGAGUAAAGUGAAGUAAUCAACAUGGUCAUGUAUGUCCUUCAUAACAGGUUGUAUCAGUAUGGACAUGGGUAGACUUUAUCUUUAAUGGAAUGCAUGUGGUCUGCAAUAUUAGAGUGAUUCAUAUUUGACAUCAGGUAACUAAGAAAACAUUCCACACCUGUUUACCCCACCACCAAUAGACUGUAUCAUGGACACAAGGCAGGAUUAAACUUGGAAUAUAUACAUUUUACAUCAUACUCUUACCAUCCAUCAGACUAGCAACAUCUUCAGUAGAAUGUUUGGUGGUUGCAUGCUCAUUGCAGCCUCACAUUCUAAUGUUCCUAGUUGUUAAUAGUGGUACCCAGUAUGGUUUUGUACAGUUGUAGAUGUUCCACAUCAAGGUUCAACGUCUUGAGUUCUAGAUGCCCUUCAGUAUAUUACUGUCAUGUGACAGCUACCUAUUCUCCUCUGAAAUCACUUAAUAACAAUUUUACCCACGUAAGUGCCAUUUCCAGGAUAUCUUUCCUUAUCAGGUCAUUCUAUGUAAACUAAAGAGACAGGACUGUAACCCCCCAGAGAAGAACUGCAGACAGUGCACACACAUCUAACUCAUUAUAAAGAUUGUUCGAGCAAUAUCUUGCAUCAUUUAGAUAUAGAGUGGUAGUCACAUUCACUCAGUUUAGUUUGUAGUAAUGGGCAAAUAAAACUAAUAAUACAUUGGCCAUUGGUUGUUUAUGGAGUGUUUGGCUGUUAAUGUGUGACAGUGAUACCGUUUUAUUUUCAUGAAUCUGUUUACAACCACACUCCUUAGCAGGUUAUUAUAUCUCCAAUUAACCAGGUUAUCAUAUGGUUAGUAAUCAUUAACACAACAACAAAAUGUCUGCUUCAUUUACAUAAAUGUUGCACUGAAUUUUUGCCAAUUAUGGCAUGGUGAAUAGUUCUGAUAAUACUGCUAUCACACUAAUUACCUAAUCUCAUAGAAAUCCAUCUAUAUGACAUUAUCAGAACUAGGCAAUUCUAAAUCACAAGAAAUGAGCAGCAGGUAAGAAUAUUUUAAUAGUCAGCAGACAGCUUGCAUGACUGUCUAUCAGCAUGUCUUAGCUGUUUUGGUUAACACUUCAGUGGAAUAAUGUGGGGUGAGCCAAAUUUUGAAAUGGGACACAGAGGACGAACUAUGUCCUGCUACUUGAGACACUUGUUAAAUGGAAAACACAGCAGGCGAAGAGCCUAUUGUUGCACUACUACUGUUUUUCAGAUUAGCUAGAUAAAUAAAGAAAAUGAAGAUGAGAGGCCAUUGUCCAUUCCUGCCUAUAGUAUGGUUGUGUAAAUCACUAGGAGGUUUGUGGUCUGAAUGGAAGUUACUGUUGCUAUUUUUAUUAUAAUAAUUGCGGAGCAAAGUUUAAGUCUCUUGUGUGUGUGCAUUGGCUUAAUCUCUGGGCACCGUUUAUGCGUGUAUUUUGGAGUGUUCACUUGUUAUCUAUUUAUUUUUAUUUAUUUUACAUACUAGUGUGUUUUAUGUAUUUUUUUUUUUAAAUAUAUUUUUUAUGUUUCUCUUUGGCAGGCCGUGCUCACGAACGGUUAAAAGAUGGGUGGAAUCUCAAAGAGCAAAAUGCCGAAGCUCACAUGCAAAGGCCCUGAGUGAGCAGAUGGGACAUCUUCCACCUGCUGUCAGAGAAUUUGUGGUGCGAGGAGCAGAGCUGUGUGACCCCCAAAACAUCCACAUCUGUGAUGGGUCUGCAGCAGAGAAUGAUACCAUACUAACUGUACUGCAACAGGAGGGGAUGAUAAAGAAACUAAGCAAGUACAACAACUGGUAAGAACUUUCUGCCAGAAAACCAUUACUUGUGCUCCCCUUUUCUGUUAUAACUAUUCGUGAACAAUAUGGUUUACGUCUGCUCACUGUUAUAGUGCUCCAUCAUCAGUGACUCGUGGUCUCUUCGGCUCUGAUCAAAACUCAAGGAGAGAAAGCCGUUGCACAUAAUAUUCUGUGUAAGAAUGCCCAUAUGAGAUUAACUAUAGAUCAGACUGAGAAAUAUGGAUAAAAAGAAUAAAUAAUGUCAAAGUAAGCUUUGUCAUCAAAGCCAAGCUAUGCCCAAUGUAGAGAAAGCAUUAAAUCCCACAUUACCAAACUGGAUGUUCUUGCUUGACCUCUUGAGAAAAGAAAAAACAAACAAAAUGGAGAACAUUGGUUUCUAAUCUGGGAACCGUACCUGUCAAGGAGCCAUACGUAUGGAGCAUUGUACCACCACAGACCGAUGGUGAUAUUGAAAGAUAUCCAGUCUCUCUACAAGCCUUCUAUGACUUUUAAUUGUCACAAUCCCUAAAUAUAUUCAGUCACUGCUUUAAUUCUUUUUCUGCUGUGACAGCUGGCUGGCUCGAACCGAUCCAAAGGAUGUAGCACGAGUUGAGAGUAAAACUGUGAUUGUCACAGAGAAGCAGAGAGACACAGUGCCAAUUCCUGCAUCAGGUGUCAAAGGGCAACUUGGAAACUGGAUGGCGCCACAAGAAUUUGAAAGAGCAAAGAACGAGCGUUUUCCAGGAUGUAUGAAAGGUCUGAAUACCCUCUGUACUGUUUUGCUAGAUGCCCUCAGACUUUAUCUUCUGCCAAUUCCUUGUUUUGUUUUCUCUCAUGGUUCUCUUACAGAUUUCAUUCCUCAUGUUGUUGCCUAUUUACAAUCAUAGAGACUUGAGACAAUUGUGCUUGUCUCUCUAUUGUCUUACUAGCGUUAAUAUUUCUCCUUUCUCACCAGGUCGGACUAUGUAUGUGCUUCCAUUCAGUAUGGGUCCAGUCGGGUCUCCUCUGUCUAAGUAUGGAGUCCAGCUUACAGACUCUCCAUAUGUAGUUGCCAGCAUGCGCAUAAUGACAAGGAUGGGCACGCCGGUUCUAGAGGCUUUGGAAGGAGGAGACUUUGUGAAAUGUUUACACUCUGUUGGACAACCCCUCCCUUUGAAAGGUAUAGCCAACUUUAGUGGCAACUCUUUGCCAUACUCACAUCAGGGUUUGGCUGGAUAAAUUUGCAGAUAUAUGAAAGUAAAUAUUUAUUACAUUGUAUGUAUUUAUGCAAUAUAUGCUUUUGUAGCCCCGUUGGUCAAUGCAUGGCCCUGUAAUCCUGAGAAGACUCUUAUUGCCCAUGUUCCUGACAACCGUGAAAUCAUUUCGUUUGGCAGCGGAUAUGGAGGAAACUCUCUGCUUGGGAAAAAAUGUUUUGCUUUGCGCAUUGCUUCUCGCAUAGCCAAGGAUGAGGGAUGGUUGGCUGAACAUAUGCUGGUGAGUCCAAAGUUAACAGCUUCCUUUAAUACAACUUUCUAAUUCAAAGGAUUAUUUUUACUCUCCAUCUCCUGUAUUCCAGAUCUUGGGGAUCACAAAUCCUGCUGGUCGGAAACGAUAUAUUGCAGCUGCCUUCCCAAGUGCAUGCGGAAAAACUAACCUUGCAAUGAUGCGUCCAUCUUUACCUGGUUGGAAGGUCCAGUGUGUCGGCGAUGAUAUCGCCUGGAUGAAAUUUGAUAGUCAAGGUGAGAGGCAAAUGAUCUAGAGUAACUGGGGUUAAUUAAAAAUGUUGUGAGGAACAGAAAAAUGUGGAUGAAAGUGAUGCAUACAUAUAGAUUUGAUUGAAGAAGAAAGGCUUGUAAAAGAGGAAAUAAUAGAGAACUCCUGUGUGUUUUUUUAAGAACAUAUAUUUCAUGUUUCAUAUUGAGAGGGGGUAUAUAAAGGUUUGUGUGUAAACUUUUUGUGUUUAGCAGAUAUUAAUUUGCAUAAUCUAUGUAAGGGACUAUGCCUCUCAGACAUUGUGCAAUACUUGAAUCUGAGGAAUUGACUAGUAUUAGAGUUUUUUGGGUGGGAGGGUUUGUUUGAGGUUUUUAUGUGCAGAGACUGCGUGUUGGUAUGCAUAUUAAGUAGUGGCAUUACUUUUGAUACGGCAGAGUGUUUGAAUUUGGUGUGGAUGGAUGUAUUAGCAGGUGAAGUACUUACUAUGUGGUGAAAUUGUAUGGUGAUUUAUAUUCUUUUACUCCACCGUAACAUUUUCUCCUUAUGAUAGGGCGUCUCCGUGCUAUUAACCCAGAAAAUGGAUUUUUUGGGGUGGCUCCUGGGACAUCAGCAAAGACAAACCCUAAUGCUCUGAGCACAGCUGAAAGCAACACCAUUUUUACAAACGUGGCUGAGACCAGCGAUGGCGGAGUUUAUUGGGAAGGGCUGGAUCAACCACUGCCACCAGGAGUAACUGUCACUUCCUGGCUGGGAAAGCAAUGGAAACCAGGUAAGAAAUUCUUUUAACCAUGUCAGAAAGGGCUAUAUACUUACAUUUAGUUCUUAAAACAAUGAAUUAAAUGGCAUGAUCUGUUUCCUUUCCCUCUGUAAAGUUUACACUGCAUAGUUUCAUGGGAAACAGACACGUGUUUCUGAAUAUAGCAAUUUGUUCUUAAAACCCAGAAACAGAUAAGACAUUUAUGGUUUUGUUUACGCUAAAUGUCUGUUUUUAAAGGUUGAUUUUUAAGAGUACAUGGCAUAAUUAGUCGUUUUACAAAGUUAUUUUCAAACAAACAGAUCUGUUUUGGGUUGUGGUAUUUUUCUUUCUUUUUUGUUUGUGUGGGUUCUUAUGUUAAUUAUAGAGGACCAUUCCCUUUCGGCAGGUGACAAAGAACCCAGUGCUCACCCCAAUUCUCGGUUUUGCUCUCCUGCUGCUCAGUGCCCAAUUAUGGAUGAAGACUGGGAGUCACCUGAAGGUGUCCCUAUAGAUGCUAUCAUAUUCGGUGGACGAAGACCAGAGGGUGAGACAAAGCAUAAUGCAUUACACCAGAUUUACUGCAUAUUCUGUUAGUUUACAUCCACAAAUCACAGCAAUAUUAUAUUCAAAAAUCCCUUAUUAGGGCACACUGUCAUCUUCUGGUUUCCUUUAUUAUUGCAUCUGACUACUUGAGCCAACAACUACCCUCCUUCCCACACAUAAAGCUUCAGAUAACAAUUGCCCUUUUACCCAUUCCCUUACUUAUCCCCACCAUAUCUUCCCAUCUGCCUCUAUUAGGAACCAUUUGGUCAAGUGCACUGCAAACUCAAAUAAAAAGAGUGAGGGAAGUCAGCUAGUUGUGAGCUCACAAGUUGAAUUAAAUGCAGUAGAACGGAGAAACAUGAACUCUGUAAACUUCCAGCAUAUAUAAUCAGGAAAGAAAUUGGGCUGUUCCUUAGACUGUCUUUUGCCAUCUAAUGCAUGAUACACUCAGCCAGUUAUCUCCUGUCACUCCUUCUGGAUAGAUAAACAGUGUAUGCCACAAAGGGCUGUUACACACAGCAGUUCUUGCAACAUGGGUGGGGAGAAUACAGGGGGCAAUGGGUUUUGCGUAGAACCAUAACCAUUACAAAUAAUUUUAGAUGAUAUGGUGCUUACUGUCCUUUAUAAGAUCUGCCAAUGGCAACAUGAUAUAAAAUUGAACUUACAGACCCGAAAAUAACAAUUGCUAUUUCGGGACUAUAGCAAAGUGAUCACUGUUCACCUCAUUUGCUCAGUAACAUUAAAUAAAAUAUAGAUUACUCACCUCGUUUCCCGUACCCAUGUUAUAGAAAAGCAAUGGAUCUGAAUUAGGCAUGCACGGCCAAACACCACACUCCUACAAUCAAAUGCUGCUAUGAGCAGCACUUAAAUCGAGGGCCGAGUUUCACUUGCUUCUGGAGGAGGAAACACCUCUAGUGGCUGUCAGGAUAAUCGCCAUUAGAGGUUUAUUUAAUGUAAACAGCACAAUUUCCACAAACCAGCAGUGUUUUACAUGGCAGGUUUAAAAUGACUGGACCACUUCACCCAGACCACUUCAUUGAGAUGAAAUACUUAUGGUGACUUUAGUGGUCCUAUUUAUUUUUACGAUCUUUUAAGAGGGGUUCUUCUUUAAACCUCAUAUUGGUUAGAGUAAACCUGGGAGUUGGUGGAACAUGGUCCAAAGCCUUCAAAUUAUCCGUUUGAUUAUUCUUUAGAAAAGUUAAGUUCAUGGUAACUAGGAAUUAUAAGUCUCUAUGAGCCGACUGUGCUACGUUUCUAUGACUUAAGCUGUUGAAAAUGGUCCAAGUCCAUAAAGGUACCUGCUUUGUGCAUAGUGAAUUUGCUAGAGUUUUGUUUGUGAACAAUAGCAGACUAUAAUUAUGCUGCUUUCAACUUUGCACAAUGACUUGGGUUAACAUGUGAGUCCUAGGAGUCUUCACAUAACUGCAGGAACUUCCAGUAGAAAUGCCCAGUAAUCAAUGGAUAUAAUUAUUUAUAUAAAAACUGCUUACAAUGUAUGUUUUACAUAUGCUGCAGGAGUGCCUUUAGUCUAUCAGAGCUACAACUGGAACCACGGAGUGUUUGUUGGAGCUUCCAUGAGGUCAGAGGCCACAGCAGCAGCUGAGCACAAAGGUGAGCCAUAAACAUCUAGAUUUAUCAAUGUCUCUCUUUUCUCCACAUGUGUUUGUUAAAUCUCUGUAGAUUGUAUUUCCACUGUCUUCUGUCCUCCUUUAAUUCUUUUUGGGAUUUGUUAUUAAAUGGAAAUUAAACCACUCCUCCUUCCACUGCUUCAUAGUUGAUAUUUUAUUGUCUUUCCCCUGCUGCUUAGCAUGCUGAUUUGUUCUCUCUUUUCAGGUAAAGUCAUCAUGCAUGAUCCGUUUGCAAUGAGACCAUUCUUUGGCUAUAAUUUUGGUCAUUACCUCUCUCAUUGGUUGAGCCUACAGCACAGACAAGGAGUACAACUUCCUAAAAUCUUCCAUGUCAACUGGUUCCGAAAAGAUAACAAUGGCCAGUUCUUGUGGCCAGGGUUUGGAGAGAAUGCUCGAGUGCUCGACUGGAUCUUCCGCAGAGUGGAAGGAGAGGAGAGUGCCCUUCAAACUGCCAUUGGGUAUCUUCCUGCAGAGGGGGCUCUGGACUUACAGGGUUUAGGUGGAGUUGAUACUGAACAACUGUUUUCACUCCCCAAAGGAUUCUGGGAGAAGGAAGUGCAGGAGGUGGGUCGUUAUCUGUCUGAGCAAGUGACUGAUGACCUGCCACCACAAAUCAUGCAAGAGCUACAGGGGCUGGAAGAUAGAGUUAGCCGUAUGUGAGGGUGUUCACUAGUUAAAGGGAAGAGCAAUUGGAUAACUGCUCUUGACUUCAGAGGGUACAAGUGCCUGGUUAUGAAUUGGACUGUUCCUUUCUUCCUGUCUCACGUCACUAGUGGGAUCAUUAGUGCCUUAUUUCACUCAAUAAAUAAUGUUCUGGGGUCCAUGGCAUAGUUUGUAAAUGAAGAAAAUGGGGAUCCAUUAUCGGAACCACUUUUUAUUCAGUGUAGCGGACAGGCCUUCCACUCACCAGUAAACAUUGUGGGACCUUUAUCACUGAAUGGGAAUACAGGGCAAUCUGUAACACAUUCACCAUUUAUUCUUACGUAAACGGCAGUACAUUAUUAAUUCUGCAGGUUUUAACAAUGCACAUUGGUUCUUAACACUAUUUGAGUGCUUGCCUUCAAGCACAGAGUAUAUCUCAAGACAGUACUGUUUCACAAUCAACUGCGCGUUAAAAGCCAUUGGAGGCACAAACUUGGGCUUGGGGAUAUUUGAUUAAUACUGUAAGGGUUUCACUAAAACAGGGCGGGUGGAGAACUGAUAAAGUGCUUAGAAAUUAAAGGACAAAGCAGCUGAAUUGUAAAAAUGUAGGUUUUGUUAAGUCUUAAAACUUGUGGUUCUUCACACUUGCCAGUUUUGUGCAUGACCCCAUGUGUCUUAAAGUAACCAAAGAACAGCCGGUCCCUCUGACAUUUAUUUAGAGGGGAGGUGACCUCAGGAAUUUUUCUUUUUUUCUUUUGUCUUUUUUAUAUGCGAAUAAACUGCUUUCUUUUUCUUUUUCUUUUAUUAAUGGAAAAUGUGUCGAAUUGUUUGGACUUUUGGGUCGUGUUUGUGUGUAGAUUGGCGAUUGUGUCCAUCACCAGUACUAUAUAAUUUAAACAUGCCUUACAAAGCAGUCUUUGAAAUGGAAGUUCCAAAAGGCUGUCCACUCUGCUUGUGAUAAAACUGAUCCUCUUGUGAUGAGCAUUUAUAUAAAAACAGAUGGUUGACUAAGGAGCAACAGAAAAUGUAGUUUUUAAUGUACUUUUAAGUGUACCUGUCAUGGGUACUUUUGGUUGUGUUCAACUAAAAUACUGUGUAUGCUAUAGAAGCAUUGUUUCUUUCCUCCCAGCAUCCCUCUCUCCUAAACUGGUAUGCUGACAAUAUUUACAUGUGGCCUGCGCAAACACCAUUAAAAGAAAAGCAAAGCACAGACAGGUGGACAAGGGAAUGGCCUGUUGUUAUAUGGCCUGGGGGAGAUGAAUGAAGUGCCAUCAGACAUAUUUGAAAAAUAAAUGUGCUGUUGAUGAAGACAGUACAUCGGCAUCAUAAGACUCUCUGUGACCUUCUUUGGAAAGUGUUCUUUUGUUUAUCAAAUAGAGGAAAUCUGGUAGAAGGUGUGAUGAAGGAAAAAGGACCGCUACCCACAAAUUAAUCAUUAUGACCGCUUUGGAUGGAUGAAACAAGAGGUAAGUAAGGUAAUAAAAACACUGGAAAUAUUUUUAAAAUGUAAAUUUCAAAGUCUUGUUUAUUAAUUGAUUGGUGGGGAGUGCAGGGCUAAACCAAUCUCUGUAUGCUGGGGAGAGCCCUCUUUAUUUAUUUAUAUCAAACCACUGAAAAAUGAUUUUGCAAAAAUAAAAAUAUAUAUAUAUGUAUGGAAUGGCGCCCAUAGUUUCUUUACACCACAAUCACUACAUUCCUUUCUCUUGAACACGAGUCAGCUGACAAAUCAUUUUACAUCAGUGUUUAGAUAGCUGUGCCGGCUAUCUAAACCGUAUCUGUAGUAGGAGC